CUUAGAUGCCACACUGGGAUCAAUUCCAUCUUCGCCUCACUUGGGAGAUAUCCAUGUAGCUUAAUAUUAACUUUUUUAUUCUUUUUUUAUCUUUUGCUGCAAAGUAGGUGUUUGGGAACAGCCUGUUCUUACCUACUACAUAUUACUACAAUUAAAUUGGAUGCACUUUUGUAACUCCGCCACAGAAAAUAGCUACUAGGUUUAACUAGCUAAGGCUUUCCAUGCUUUGACGGUAGCCUUGGGUUUUUGAAUACUCUUCUCUCUCUUAAACGAAAACCCUACAAUUGCUGACAUGUUUGCACGUGUAGCUCUUAGCAGAGGCGUUACUGCCCACCGCUUAAGUAAGAAUGCCACGUUCUUCAUGAAUGAAGCAACAUUUGCAGUCCCUGGAUGCCAGAACCAGACCUCACAACGUCACAAACCUCUGUUGCUGAUGUUACCGUGGUUGGGUUCACGUCCUCAAGCGCUGGUUAAGUACUGUGACAUCUACUUCAACACAGGAUUUGACGUGCUAGUAUUUGAGAGCGAGGUGCAAGGGUUCCUUUGGCCCCGCUGGGGUCUGGAACAUGGAAAGACAUUACUGGAGUUGCUGGAGAGCGAGCGCUUCGUGUCCCGCCCCCUGCUUGUUCAUGCAUUUUCAAUCGGUGGAUAUACCUUUGCUCAGCUCCUUGUGCAUGUGUCGAAGGAUACAAAUAAAUAUCAGGCAUUCACAAAAAGGAUCACAGGGCAGGUUUAUGAUAGCAUGGUGGCAGGAUCCCUUGAGCACAUGGCUAUAGGUUUGGGAAAAACUGUAUUUCCAAAAUGUGAGUGGUUGGUAAAGCAAUCAGCCAUGUUUUACUUUGACAAGUUUAAAAGCCACACCGUGGACUACUUUGACAUAUGCUUGGAUGCGUUUUGGAAUACGCCCGUCACCGCUCCUGUGCUGAUGUUCUACUGUAACAACGAUCCACUGUGUGACCCACGAAAUUUGGCGGAAUUGGCCGGUUACUGGCGAGGGCGUGGAAUGGAUGUCACAGAAAAGAAGUGGGACAAUUCCCUUCACGCGGGCCACCUUAAGAGACACCCAGAGGAAUAUCUGUCCACACUUCACACAUUCCUCAGUUCCCUUGGUUUUACCCCGUUAAAGGCAAAGUUAUGAGGUAAAAUCCCAACAAUGUAAUGCAAGAGGUACUUCACUGUGCAUUAACCUCAAAUGGUUUGCUUUGGCUGGGCUGUAAAAGUACAUCUUGAAUUUUUACACUAAUUGGCGUGUGUAAAGAAGGUACAGUAACAGUUCAGUUUUAUUCAGAAUGAAGAUCAAGUGUACUCAGGGUUUAGUUCAUACAGUUUCAUAAACACUAAAGCAAAGCAUAUAAAGAAUAAAAUGCACUUUGGAUCACAAUGUUCAUGUACGCCAAAGUAAACAAACAAAUAUAAAGUCUGACAUUUUUCUUUUAGGCAAGCAACUGUCUACUAACUUAAACUAAAUCAUGGAAGGGAAGACAAGUGCAGGACAUAUUCCAAACUUAAAUUUCUCAUUUGAAAUGCUGGAACCAGCAUAAUUUGGCAUCUUCAUUUUACUACAACAUAAUGGUUUGUCAGAACUGUUAAUCUACUUUUUCAGUUAACUAUAUAUCUUUAAAAAUGAUUACAUCAUUACAUUUUGCACAACAUCUCAACGCCUUUGGAAAUGGAGGGUUAUACACUGAAGUUCCUAACUGUUCUUUGCCGUUCAAAAAUACAAUUUCCAAUUCAAAUGGGAACUUUGCUUUUUGCUUCUUUUUUUAUAUUUGAGACAAAAUGUAAACAUUCCAAAGAAUGAUGUGAACAGCGAUGGCCACAAGCAUGCAAGCUCCAAGUGCUUCUAUUUAUGAAACACGACAGGUCAAGAUGUGUGCUUGAGGUUUUACUGUCUAGUGUUUGGAGUCAUGUGUUUUGGUGCUUGCAUUAAUGAGUAUAAUGAGUUCAAAGUCAAAUGACAAAUCUCUGGUUUCAGCUUAAAUACAAUCACUUUUUGCACAUCUUUCAGAUUUUGAGCUACUGGAGAGAGGGCGGUGGAAAUUUUCUCAUGUUAAAGACAAAAGGCUAAUCAUUAGAGUGAUAAAGAGAUUAAUCAUUGUUACACAAAAUAUUUUAGUAGUUAAUUUGGUGGACAGUGCUGAGCACACGGAACAAACAAAAGAGGGGAAAUCAGCAUAGUUUUAGGUGAAACUUAAUUUAACUUUAAAUUAAAACUGGACAUUUACUUUUCCUGCAGUAAUUUACAAGUAAAGAAACUUGUUCCUUGCUUUAAAAAAAACAGUUGAUUCAUGGGAUUGAGCUUCAGGGUUAAACCGCUGGUGCGAUUUUCAAUUUCCUGCUGAUAAGUACAGCAUGCUGUGUGCACUCAGAAGAAAAUGCAAUACUAGUUGACACUGCUGCUGCUGAAGUUUUGCUUUUUACACAUUUUUACACAAAGCCUUGAAAGUGCCUUAAAAAGCACCUCACUUAUUACUACCACAAAGUCUAGCAAGAACUAAGGUGAUCACAACAACACAUUUUCAUGAAAGUAUAUAUUUGAUUAAUUUAGGUGGUGUCUAUGUGUGUGUGUGUGUGUGUGUGUGUGUGUGUGUGUGUUAAACUACUCUAAGGUGUUUGUAUUCUCAAUAUUCUUGAAGGAUGUGACCUGCUACCUGGGAACCUGGGAAAAGAAAUCUUAUUCAGUCAUUUCUGUUAACACUUUUCAUAUGACUGACUUGUAAGUUGAAGAUGCUUAAGCAUAACAUGUUAUACUUCUAAC